AUGAAUGAUGGCGUAGGCUUAUUUAUGUUUCUCCAUACGGGUCAAGUUCUUCCACACGGAUUCAACCACCAAUUUGUAUUAAAAGAACACUGGUGCCGUAGUUGCGUGUGCCGACCCUUAAUAUCCUUGUCGAGUAGCCCAACAUGGCAACUGAUGAGACGAAAUACAAGGUCCGUGCCACCAACAAGCGAAAGCGUUGAAGAUGUUUACACUAGCCAGCAAUUGGGGAACAUCCUCAUCAGUCAUAGAAGCGCCGCACGGCUUGUUUCGUGA